UCAGUUAGAAUGUCUAACAAAUUGCUAGGGUUUAAACCUUGAAGCUGUUUGCAACUUUAUAAAACUCAACGAUGAUUUCAUCCGCAAAAGCAACCGUAAAAUGCUCAGCAAAUUAUAUAUGAUUGCACUGCUAUUGUGUGUGAUACUCAAAUAUUAUCCAAAAAUAUCCGCCUCUAUGGGUGAAGUUCUCUCGGAACAGUGCGAGUAUGACACCAAAGAGCUAUGUCCUGCUUGUUUUCCAGAACCUAACAACUGCCGAUUCUUCAGAGAACGAUUAUCAUUCGAGAAUAUUAGUUUUCUGAGCCGAUUGACGACUCGGUUUGAUCAACACGGCGUCAAUUAUGCGAAGCUUGACAGAAAGCACAAGGUAGUCGUAAAAAACCUAAAUCGUUUCAAAAAGGUUGAAAGUCUUCGAGAUGUUAUUUGUGGACAGCAACGUACACCCUAUUCAGGUUGUUCUUUAGAUUCUGAUGAAAAAUAUCUAUCCAUAAUGCGUCGAAAGAUUUUGCAUAGAGAUUUAUACGAAGGGGCCAUCAUCUGCCCUUUAGGUAAUGAUCAAGCGUUGAAUAGGUUUCUGGGGAAAUUUGAUUGGACAGAUAUUUUCAAAAUGAUCCUAAUUCGAUCCAAUGUACAGCCAUUAAUUUUAAAGCUUGCAGGAAAACAAAAGGCCCCGGUACCAAACUUUAUUUUCCAAGCGGGGUUCACGUUAGUUGAAAGAUUUGAUGGUGACGUGUUAAGCACCUUUUAUAAUACUCCAUUUGAUACUAGACUUUUAAUAGCUGUUGAACUCAUCGAUGCUAUAUUAUCGUUCAACGUAGUUUACGAUGGAUUCCGCCUGUACCUCACCGAUUUGAACCCGGAUAAUAUUGCUGUUGAAAUACUCCCCAAUGGGAACAUUAAAGUGUCUUUUAUAGAUCUCAAUAAUGUUAUUGUGCUGGAUAGCCAAAGCGAACAAAUAAAUAGAAAUAACACAGAAAUAAUCCAUACUCGAAUUGAUUGUAACGGAUGUUUUGCCUACGCACAGGAAGAGAUCUGCUCCUAUCGCUACAAUGAUAUUAAUCUAUUCUCAAUUUGUCAACUAUUUUUAGAGGAUUCGUACGGAAACAAACAGGCUGGCUUCCUGUACACCGAAGUGGACCAAACCGAACAUAGGCGAAUUCAUCAGUUGUUACACCAUUGCGUUUACUGUAAACCUCCAGAGUGCCAAAAUCGAGAAAAACUUUUGUUACAAAUUCAAAAUAUUAUAAGAUCUUUAUUAUAG